UACAGAUCAUAUCGACAUCAUCCCCUUAUGUUGCAGCGAUCCCUCGCCGACCGAUUCCUCUAAGUCAUACCUUAAGCAUACGUUCAUGGCUCGCUGGCAAAUACUCCUUUCUUAUGGACGAAGGCUCUCGCAUGGUAGGACAUCUCGAUGCUGCUGCCCGCCUUGUACUGGAGGUCUUCGGGCCUUCGUGAGUUGAACUUCGUUUAGGAUCGCUAGAGAGAUGCAAUAGUCCUGGUUAUGUUUCAUGCUGUGGUCUGGCAGAUGUCAUUGCGAGGUUGCUUGCUCGCAUCGGUGCUUUUCGGAAGGGUCCUAAUACGUCCAGCCUCGCUUGUUGGUUCUCGGACCCUACUUCUUUCAUCGUUGAUGGAACAAGGAGGCAAAAGUAGGAACGUAGAUGGGCUUCUUCGCUUGACAACUUGUCAUAGCCUGGAGGUUGUCAAGGCAGCCUUCGCUGACAUUAGCUACAUUUAUCAAGAGCGAUCGCGCUAUUUUCACUCUACAGUCAGUGUAUGUUAGUCAGCACAGGAUCCGUGGUAGCGACGUGGAUGACUGUA